CGUACAUAUCAUAUUAUAUUAGGUAGAUAUAGUACCCUGUCUUCCCGGUUGAUACGAUAAGUCUACACGUAUCAAGAAAAUUGAAUCAAGUAGAUCAAAUUUCCUGUAGGUUUAUUGAUGGAGACGGUGUACAUUCACUCCAAGCUCUCUCAAAUGGCCCCCAAGUUCUCUGGAAUGAACCUGCACAUUACACGUUCCGAAAUUGGAGCUGCUUUAGCGAAUGCAUCAAGAGAAUGGAAUAAGUAGUACAUAAUUCAUUUCAUUGAGUUGGGUUUGAGCUUACAUUUCAACUGAUUUUUGUUUGUCAUUUUGUCAAACUUCGAGUGGGCUCUUCAGAUUACAGGAGGAGAAAUGAGUUCUUCAUCUGGGUUGAAACAGUUGAUCAGAGUUGAUGUGGUGUCUGAUACCAUGUGUCCAUGGUGCUUUGUUGGGAAGAAAUGUUUGGAGAAAGCUAUGGACGAGACUAAGGAACAUUAUGAUUUUGAGGUGCAAUGGCAUCCUUUCAUGUUGGACCCUAACCUUCCCAAGGAAGGAGUUGACAAGUUUGAGUAUCACAGAAAGAAAUUUGGACAGAGUACUCAAAGCCUGGUUGAUAACUUGGACCAGGCUUUCCAAAGAGUUGGUUUCCACUACGGGAGUGGUGGUAAAAUAGGAAAUACACUGGACAGCCAUAGAUUGAUUGAGCUCGCUGGUCGUCAAGGCCUUGAUAAGCAGAAUGCAGUUGUGGAAAGCCUUAUGGUUAAGUGCUUGACACAAGAAAAGUGUGUUAGUGACAGGGAGGUGCUCUUGAAUGUUGCAGAGAGUGCAGGAAUUGAGGGUGCUGAAGAAUGGAUUGAUAACCCAAAUGCUGGUUUGAAAGAGAUACAGGCUGAGAUAGAAAAAUAUGGACACAAUAUAUCUGGUGUACCUCAUUUUAAGAUAAAUGACGAGUAUGAACUUGCAGGUGCCCACGCUCCACAUUCUUUCAUACGAACUUUCAAAAGAGCUUCACAAGAUUCGGAAUAAGUUAUCGAGUUUGAAGUUGAACAAUAAUAAAAUCAACUUGGAGAUAAAUAAGCAUUCAUCGCUUUGAGCUAUCCAUUGUUUCAAUGAAAUCAUUGCAUUGCAGAUUCAAUUAGGUAAUUGUGAAAAGCACAAGCAUUCAUGAGUUCUUUAGACUUUUGAAAUAUUUUUCAGUGUAAUGUGAGUAGUAGUUUAUAUACAUAUUCCACUGUUGAUUGUG